UCCCUUUCUAUCGGUAUAUAUGCUUUUCGAACGGGGACAAGAGAGACGCCCCUCGAUCGAGAGUCUGGAAAGUGAGACAGAAAAGCUAUAAGAGAGUCCACGGCUACAGUGAGUGCCUGUCUGUGGGGCGCUACGGCCUUCUCACCUUGUCUGAAGUUGGUUUCUCGUCGCCGGAAUACCGCUACUCAAAGUUGGACGCCGCGAAGAUUCCAAUAAGGAAGAAAGGAGGAAGUGGACGCAAAAGCCAUCUUGUUUUGCUGCUCCCGACAGAAACCAACUUAUGGUAACGGCGGCUUUCCGACGAGGGAAGUGUCGCGGGGAAGCGCUCCGUCGUGCAAAUUUGGCGUCUGGGUUCCUGCAUGGACGGUCGAAGUAGCGACGAGUCAUUUGGUUCCUUUUGAGCGGCAGUUCGUGGAACAGGUGGUUUUCCGAGGCGGGGAGCUGCGUCUAGGAGGUAUUCCGGUCGAACCCCAUAACUAUAUGCCUUUUGGUAGUUGGGCUGGUGCAUGGUGGGUGAACUCCGCAAGUAGGGGCUGAUCAUGGGUGCCACAGACAAGGCUUCUCUGUCGCCUCAAAAGCGGUUUUCCGGCGCCGGAAUUUGAAGCGCUUGUCCAAGUCCGUGAGGAUCCAAAGCAGCAGGAGUUGGCUUAUUGGCGUAGCCAGCAGUUACUUGAAAGGAGUACUGCAAUCAGGUUCGACCUUACAGUGAGGGAUCCGCGCGCGUUGUUUUUCGAGCUUAAUAAGCUGCUUUCUUGCCAGGACUCCACGUUGAGAUGCUUCAACUCUAACCUGCCAUUCAUCAGGUAGAGGGGGAGUCCCAUUCUGGCUAUAGUUUCUGCCUAAUCAAGCGUGCAGACUUGAGAAGCCCGGCACUGACAUAUAAAGAGGAACUCUGAUAUUAACGAGAAGGCAGCAAUGAAGUUCAUGAAAAUUGGCUCGAGACCGGAUACCUUCUUCACUGUAGACGCUACCAGGUCAAUUACAUUGGAUGUUCCUAGCGACCUGACUAUACAAGUGAACAACACCAAGUAUCUUUUGCACAAGUUUCUGUUGCUGCCAAAGUGUGGACUGUUGCAACAAUUAUGUGACUCAAACGGUUCAGAUGUUCAGACCAUUGAUCUUCAUGAGGUACCUGCAGGGGAGGAAGGGUUUGAGCUAUGUGUCAAGUUCUGCUAUGGCAUCUCCAUUAACCUCAGUGCCACCAACAUAGUCAAGGCACUGUGCGCCUCACAUUUCCUGAAAAUGACUGAGGCAGUAGAGAAGGGAAACUUCAUUAGUAAGUUGGAGCUCUUCUUUGCUUCAUUCAUCCUCCAAGCUUGGAAAGACCCAAUUGUCACACUUCAGUCCACUGUGACACUACCAACCUGGUCUGAGAACCUGGGCAUGACCGGCCGGUGCAUCGAUGCCGUCGCGACGAAGAUCCUGGCCGACUUGUCCACUGUUACUUGGUCUUACACUUACACCAGGCCUGGGUUCAAUGAGAAGGCCCACAAGCGGGCACCAAGGGACUGGUGGACCGAGGACAUUGCAGACCUUGAUGUCCCACUAUUUCAGCGGGUUCUGUCCAUGGUUCGGUCGUCGAUUCCGGCGCCGCUGGUAGGGGAGGCACUCCAUGUGUAUGCGUGCCGGCAUUUGCCGGAUGAAGCAGCCAUUGAAAGCUCUAGCUCAGAGAGUGUUGUGAAGCAGAGGGAGGUACUGGAGUUUAUAGUGAGUCAGAUCCCAACACCAAAGGGAUCCGUAUCCACUGGAUUCUUGUUAAGACUUUUGAGACAAGCGAGUCGACUCGGUGUAUCAGAUUGGGCCAUAUCGGAGAUCAUGAAACGCGCAGGGAGACAGCUGAAGGAAGCCAGUCUCGUGGACCUCCUUAAGCUAAGAGGAUCUUCUCCAAGUUCUAGUGCUUUCAGUGAGAUAAACCUGGUUAAGACAAUGUUAGAACACUUCCUAGUGGACUAUCGGCGUCCUUCAUUGCCGGAAACUGGCAUGACUCGAGAAGAAAAUGGGAAAUCAGAUCAAUCUUUGGUGAAAGUGGGGAAGUUGAUUGAUUCUUAUUUAGUUGAAGUUGCAAAAGAUGCAAAUCUUCCAGUGUCCAAGCUCAUUGAUUUGGCAGAGACAUUGCCGGAGGAAGCAAGGCCGGUUCAUGAUGAUCUUUACAGGAUAAUCGAUUCAUAUCUUAAGAAACAUCCUGAUAUCUCAAAGUCGCAAAAGAAGCGGCUAUGCAGAAUGUUGGACUGCAGGAAAUUGUCAAUAGAUGCAUGUAUGCAUGCGGUGCAGAAUGAAAGGCUGCCCUUGAGGACUGUGGUGCAGGUCCUCUUCCUAGAGCAUGUAAGCGCUGCGAUGUCCAUAAGCCAAAACGUGGAACUACGGCAUGACAUAAAGGCGAUGCUUCCACAAAUGAGUGAGGAUACGCAUAGGAAAACGCCACUGGCACCUGAAGGUAAGGAUCUAGUCAGUGACAAAGUGAUGACCAAGCAGAGUGAUGGCCGGAAACUGGCAGAAAUGAGUAUUAGCAGGGAGAGUUACAGUAGAGACAAGAGGGCGCCCCACGGCACCGCGAAGCCAACAAUCAAAGAAGUCAUGGAGGUGGGCAAAGCGAUGGAGGUCACAGAGGAAAUUGACUCCAAGAGCAAGAUCAGACCCAAGGGAGCAGAUCACGUUUCAAGUAGGGCUGUGACAAGUGAAAUCAUGGAGGAAGCUGAUCCUAAGAAUAAGGUAAAGCCUACGGGGAUGCCUCCGAUCUCCCAUAGGACAACAAAGAUGGGUAGCAAAUUGCCUGUUCAGAGAGGAAGUUAGCUUAGGUUAGUUACUAUUCUGUUCCCACGCAUUGUCUAUCUUACCAAUAGGGUUAGGAUAUAUUAUAUGCGCAUAAGAUCAAUUUCUCUUACUUCUGCAGAGCUUUAUUCUACAGCAUUUUCACAAUUUAUCUGCUUUAUGGAAUAAUUGUGUACCAACGAAAUAAAGCGUUGUAUUUAUGUUCCCUUAA